AUGGAUCUCAAGACUCCCCAAGAAAUAAGCAUAGAAGAAUUCAAAGACCUGGAAGUUGAGGUCGCGAAACUUACAACCAGCGAUGCAGAGAGAGAAUGGCUCGAGAGCUGUCGUUAUGGCGAGGUCGACGUUCUACGGGCUCUUCUCGCUCGAUUUCCUGCUAUUAUAAGUCAUAGUGAUACCAAGAGCGGAAACAGUGGGUUGCACAUGGCUUCCGCGAAUGGACACCUUCCUGUCGUCGAAUUUCUUGUCUAUCACAAACACUCGUUCACAAAGAAUGCUUCUGGAAAUACUCCACUGCACUGGGCUGCCUCCAACGGCCAAGCAAGCAUAGUGAGCUUCUUCACUAGCCAAAAAUGUUUAGGAGAUAUUGAUGUGCUAGAGAAAAACCGAUUUGGGAGGUCAGCACUGACAGAAGGUUUCUCUAGUCAGAAGGAGGGCGUGGUUGAGGCAUUGUUGGAGCACAAUUCUGCCACUGAAGAAAAACUGCUGUCGGUAGAUUCGAAGUCAAAAUCGCAUGUAGUUCACGAGCUCUUUGAUAAAGAGCGCCCUCUUUUGAUAAGAGAACUCGCAAUGAUAAAUGCCGAUAAUCCAUUUGCGGAUGCGGACAAUCCGGACCAGGAUACAACUGGUUUAUCGAUAUGGUCGGCAUCACUUGUUCUUGCAAGAUGGCUCAAAUCAAAAUCUUGGAGCAAAUCCCGAGUAGUUGAACUAGGAGCAGGCUGUGGUGUUCCAGGACUGAUGGUUGCCUCCUCGGAGAUGGCUCCACAGAAAGUCUAUGUUUCAGACUUGAAUCCUCUAACUGUCGAAAACAUUGGCCACAACAUUAAACUGAAUGGACUGAAGGAUACAGAAGCAUUACGGAUGGAUUGGUGUGACAAGGAUACAUGGCCCAAAGAAUCUGUUGAUGUAGUUGUUGGGUCAGACUUAGUAUAUCAAAAGUCAUUGGUCCCGCUACUGUCUUCAGUGGUUCUAGAGUUGCUCGGUUCCGGAGGAGUUUUCUACUAUGUCGCUCCUGACUCUGGACGCGACGGUUUGGAAACCUUCAUCGACCAAAUGAAAAGGAGGUGUCCCGGCUGGGUACAGAUAGAUGCGCCAGAAGAAUACUAUACAAAUCCUCUCAGUAGCGGGGAUGACGAAGAUUUUUUUUUGCAUUUCAACGAGCUUUCAACUCUCAAGUUUAUUCUUUACGAAUUUCCGGUUCCACCUGCUUGA